AUGAUUCCUCCAGGGGAAUGCCUAUAUGCUGGGAGGAAAAGGAGGAAACCCAUUCAGAAACAAAGGCCUGCGGUUGGGAAUGAGAAAUCAAAUCCUUCCAAGAGACACAGGGACCGUCUGAACGCGGAACUGGAUCACCUGGCCAGCCUCCUGCCUUUCCCACCUGACAUCAUAUCCAAGCUGGACAAGCUUUCUGUCUUGCGCCUUAGUGUCAGCUAUCUCCGGGUCAAAAGCUUUUUUCAAGCCAUCCAAGAAAAGCACUUUAAGAAGCAAGUUGGCCAAACAAUAAAAGAAGACAACGUAUCUAACAAGACUGCUGUACAAGAAGGUGGACUUCUACUAGAAUCACUGAAUGGUUUUGCGUUGGUGGUGAGUGCAGAUGGAAAUAUAUUUUAUGCAUCAUCGACGAUUGUGGACUAUCUAGGGUUUCAUCAGACUGAUGUAAUGCACCAAAACAUAUAUGAUUACAUUCAUGUGGAUGAUCGCCAGGAUUUCUGUAGACAACUGCACUGGGCCAUGAACCCUCCCCAGAUGUUGUCUGGACAACAAUUACAAACAGAAACAGGAGAAGAAUAUAUUCUCAAUAAAUUGUUCAAAGCUCAAGAGAAUGACAGCACAACAACAGAUUAUUCUUCCUUCUUAACUCGUUGUUUCAUCUGUCGAGUUCGCUGCUUGUUGGACAGUACUUCUGGCUUCCUUACGAUGCAGUUCCAAGGCAAACUAAAGUUUCUUUUUGGACAAACGAAGAAGUCCUCAUCAGGAACAGUACUGCCACCUCAGCUGUCCUUAUUCUGCAUUGUGGUACCACUUCUGCUCCCUUCUGUGACGGAGAUGAAGAUGAAAAGCCUGCUUGUGAAAGCAAAACACAAAGCUGAUGAUGCAGCAGCAGUGAAUACAAACUCCAGUUCCAAAGGUAAUUCAGGUCUGUGUGAAGCAGAACUAUAUGGAAGAAACAGUCAUCAUCAAGAUGCAGCUUUCACUAAUGUGUUACAGAUUGCUGAAAACCAAAUCAAAGCAAAGAAUAAUGGAGAAAAUGGCAUUUCUCUAGUCAAAGUACAAACAAAUGAAGAUCACUGGGUCUGGGUUCAAGCUAACACUCAACUUCUCUAUCGAAGUGGUUGUUCAGAAUAUGUCCUUGCCCAACAACAAAUGUUAAAGGAAGAAGAUGAACAACUGAAGAUACCAAGCAAAGGAAACCUGGAGGGAAUUCCCUAUAACAGUGCCAUUGAAACUCUGGGACAGUGGAAGCAUCUUAACUGGACAGCAGUAAAAAAUGAACAGGAUAAUGUAAAAGUGAAAUUUGAGCCUCAUACAAAUGGUGAGUGUUUUAUGCAAGAGGAAUCUCUCAGUUCUAACACAUCAGUUUUAGGCGUUCAAAACAACUGCACCACAAACAGCAACUGGACUUUAAGAAACUCAAGCUCUUGUUCUACGAGCCAGCGAAUGAGCACUUGUUCAAACAGGAGAGCUGGACCAUUCUACAGCAGAGACCAAAGUUUCUUAAAUUUAGCAUCAACUUGCCCUUCCCACUGGGGGAGCACAGAAAGCUGCCAGUCUUACUCGGGCGUACAACAACGUUGUGCAGAGCACUAUGCAAUGGACCAUCUGAGAAUGCAGAGACCCUUCCCAUCCUCAGAGUCCCUCUAUGAUGCAGCCUUUCCUGUGGAGAUGCCUAUCAAAACGGAAUACGAUUCCGAUUCCGAAAACAUCGCUGAUAAUUACCUGACGCCGCAGAACGGAGCCUGGCCGGAAGAGAACAGCUUGGUGAGGAGGCAGGUGUUUAGCUACCCCAACAGAGUGCACCUCAAAACAGAACCGGACCUCUGUGAGCCAGCCUCACCUUGUCAGAAGCCAAGGCACUGCCUUUACACGCCGCAUAACUGGCAAUGCAUUGUAGCCAACCACCCCAACAACCUAAACCUGAACAGACCUUGCAGGGGUUCACGUGGCAAAGAGGUGGCCCCGUUUUGCCCUCAGAACUCCUCUGGGUGUUUGGAAAGCACGCCUAUCCCACCACACACGGCGUGCUAUGGCCACUUCUACAGCUCCAGCCCAGGGGAGGAGAAAGAGCAGGAUCAUGAGGUUUUUAAAAUGCCAUGUGAAUUUAAGAACCCCUGCUUUGUUCAAGCAAUCAAGCGUGAGCCCCUGGAUUCUCCACCAUUGUCCAACAGUGGACAGAACAGAGUGCACGCAAGCUUCCCCGAAAAUAUGUUAGCAGGUCCUGUGCCUCAUAAAACCACUGAAUGUGCAUUUUUACAAUAG